CUUAUUUUCAAUUUCUUAACCUAUUUUGGUUUCUGCCACACCUACCAUCGUCUUCCUUCUGAAUUUGCUCAGACCGCCAUUAAACCAUGCCAUCUCGCUGUGAAAUCUUCUGCGAGAUUCUCAUUGCUAUCUUGAUUCCUCCUUUGGGCGUCUGUCUCAGGCAUGGAUGUUGCACCGUUGAGUUUUGUAUAUGCCUUCUUUUGACAUUUCUCGGUUAUGUUCCUGGAAUCAUCUACGCUUUGUAUGCCAUCGUUUUCAUCGAUCGCAAUGAGUACUUCGAUGAAUACAGACGUCCUCUGUAUGCGCCGGCCUAGAUUCCUUAAUCCUUAGGUAUUUCGCUUUUACAUCAUUUCUUGUGCCGUAAUUACUCCGAAUUUCAUCUGUUUGUGAUUGGAUCUGUGUAUUGUGUAUUCGCGUUCUGUUAUUGCUAAAACCCUUGUAUAAGUUCAUCCGGAUGGAGUAACCAAUUAAUCGAUGUUGUUAAUGGAACGACUACUAUUUGCUUAUUUGCUUGUUCAA